ACGCAGCUGAAGGUCACCCUUGUUUUGGGCCUUCCUUUGAUUUUUCAGUUCUGCAGUGGGAACAACGUGACCGAUGACUAUGACCCCAACACCACCAUCGACUACACCGUGUUCGAGAUCCUGUGCGAGAAGGAUGAGGUCCGUAACUUCCGCGCUGCCUUCCUCCCUGCCAUGUACACCCUCAUCUGCUUCACAGGGCUACUGGGCAAUGGGCUGGUGAUGCUCACCUACGUCUACUUCAAGAGGCUGAAGACCAUGACGGACAUCUACCUGCUGAACCUAUUCCUGCUCACCCUGCCCUUCUGGGCCACGAGCGCAGCCACGCACUGGCUUUUUGGGGAGUUUGCCUGCAAAGCCGUCUACUGCAUCUGCAAAAUGAGUUUCUUCAGCGGGAUGCUGCUGCUCCUGGCCAUCAGCAUCGACAGGUACUUUGCCAUCGUCCAGGCUGCCUCGGCCCACCGCUUCCGUCCGCGGAUGAUUUUCAUUAGCAAGGUCACCUGCAUCCUCAUUUGGCUCCUGGCUUUCACCCUCUCCAUCCCCGAGCUGGUUCACAGUGGCAUAAAUAAAUCAGACACCAACCCCCGUUGUUCCAUCAUUACUGACGACUUGCAGGCCUUCAACACUGGCAUCAAACUGUCCCAGAUGAUUUUUGGCUUCUUAAUUCCCCUUCUGGUCAUGUCUUUCUGCUACCUCAUCAUCAUCAAAACAUUGCUGCAGGCCCGCAACUUUGAGAAGAACAAGGCCAUCAAGGUGAUCAUCGCCGUGGUAAUCGUCUUCGUCGUCUUCCAGCUGCCCUACAACGGCGUCAUGCUGGCCAAGACCAUCUCGGCCUUCAACCACACCAGCUCCUGCGAGGAGAGCAAGCAGCUGGACGUGGCGGAUGACGUGACCUACACCCUGGCCUGCUUCCGCUGCUGCCUCAACCCCUUCCUCUACGCCUUCAUCGGCGUCAAAUUCCGCAACGACCUCUUCAAGCUGCUGAAGGAGCUGGGCUGCCUGAGCCAGGAGCGCCUCUGGCAGCUCUCCACCUGCCGCGAGAGCAAGAGGUUCUCCUUCGCCAUGGACACCGAGACCACCACCACCUUCUCCCCGUGA